GGGCAGCUGGCAUCGACGUAACGUUGCUCCCCGAGGCCGUGGACACACCGGCGCUCGCUGCCCCAGCUCCAACAGCAGCUGCCCCAGCAACAGCUGGCUCGGCAGCAGCUGACCCGACGGCAGCAGCGCCAUCAGCAGCGGCAGCUCCAGCAGCGGCGCUGGACGCGGCCCCAGUAGCGGCGGCUUCGGAUUCCGAGAUCUCCUGGAACCUCACUCAUUCUGACCCACCGCCGGGAGCUGAUGCCACCUUCUGGCCGGAGCAUCAACGGAUGGAGCAGAAAGGCCGUCAGGAAGUGAAGGAAAACAACACAAACGCUGCGGCAAAGGCUGAGAGGGAACCGAGCCCUGAGACAGACGCUUGGGCAGCGGGGCUUCGGGGUGGGCAGGGGGAUGUUGUGAGUGACGACGCACUAGUAUUUGGUAAGCCGAGGCAGAAGCAGCGUGCUCGCAAGCCAAGUAAGGGCGAGCCCCGAGGCCCAGAGAUUGUGCUUGUCCAGCAGCGCGAAGACAUUCAAGCAGAGGUUGGUGCUUGGGAGACUGGCCUUCGCGGUGGUGAGGAGAGGCAAAACGACAUAGAUGCCAUGGUGUUCUCCAACCCGCAUUUCCGCAAGGCUAAAGCCGAAGCCCGCCCGCCUCGAAGCCCGAGUAAGCCGAAAGCUUCGAAGAGCCCUGUGGACUCACCGUCAAGGCCGCGCAGCCCAGCCGUGCCUACACCCAAGCCGAAGGCAGCCUCGCGUUCGCCGCAGAUCUCGGCCAGGAGGGCAGAUCAAGAAGAUCUGCCGUCGGCACCCUCGCCACCCACCCCCCCCACGCAGAUGCGUAGAAGUCAAUCCCAGCCGCCGGAUGCCACGGCCAAACAAGUGCCUGAAGCCUCGCGGCAGCGUCUCUCCCAGCCUUCCGUGGACCGACCAACACACAGCCCUUGCAGACUGCCUCGCAUUGAGCCAAACGACCAAACUCGUCCUGUGAGGUCGUCAUCAAAGCCAGCAUCCGAAGCUGUCGCAUCGCCAACCCCUCCCAAAGCCAGCCGCGCGCAGUCCGUUGGUGCGGCCAGGAGGGCAACUCCAAAAGAGGAAGGAGGGCGCCAGAUGUUCGAUAAGAAUGAGCUCCGGUCCAUGCACAAGGCCAUUGCAAGACGAAGGUCGAAACUGCUAUCCAAAGCUGAUGCAGAGGAGCACCCGUCUGAGCUGGAAGCUACCCGCGCCGUUGUCCAGGUCUACAUGCGUAAGCGGCCUAUCUCUGAAAAGGAGUCGGAGGUUCGCGGAGACUACGACGCAGUGACGGUGGUGCCCCGAAAGCCAGCCUGCAAGGAAGUUGUGCUUCACAACUGCCAAUUUCAAGCAGACCUCAAGACGCCUUUUGUUACCCACACACAUUUUUGCUUCGACUGCGUUUUUCCAGAGCAGGCUUCCAACGAAGAAGUUUAUGCUCAAACAGCUGAGCCUCUGGUUCAGAUCGCUUUGAACGGUGGUAUUGCCACAAUGUUCAUGUUUGGUCAAACAGGGAGCGGAAAGACUUUCACAAUGACUGCUAUUGAAGAGUUUGCAGCACGGGACAUGUUUGCCUCUGCUACGGAUCCUGCAGAUGACUUCAUUUUCCUGCAAUUCUACGAGCUGCGCGGGAACCGAUGCUUCGACUUGCUUACAGCUGCCGCUGCUGCGCGAGAUACACGGGCAGCAGCCCGGCGGGGUGCGCAAGCCCCAGAACUGCGACUCAGGGAGAUGAAGGAUGGAACGUACGUGGCAGAUGGGGCCCUAGUGAUGGGCCCUACAUCGCCAGAGGACCUCUGCACCUGGAUGCGAAGAGCACACGCCUGCCGAGCGACUUCAGCAACUGAGGCCAACGACGUCAGCUCACGGAGCCAUGCCGUUUGCAUGCUCCGCUUCGGGCAGACGGGUGGCCAGCUUCUCCUGAUCGAUUGUGCCGGGACAGAGCGAAGGAAGGAUGCCAUGUACCACUCCAAGGAGCGACAGCAGGAAGGGGCCGAGAUCAAUGCUUCGCUGCACGCCCUCAAGGAGUGCAUCCGAUACUUCACCUCGCAGGGCUCCGUGCCAUCGCACAUCUUCCGGGCCUCCUCGCUCACUAAGAUCUUGGCGGAGUCUUUUCUCCGGACGCGUGCUGCGCGCCUUGCAGUGAUUUGUACUGCCUCGCCAUGUGCAUCGGACACGGAGCACACUCUGUCCACCUUGCGGACGGGCGUGUCACUUUGCACUGGCGGUUCUGAGCGUGAAGAUCGCGAGCUCAUCUUGGAAGGCAUCGAGCGGCGGCAACGGAUUCCUCAUCCCAAAUCCUGGGAUCCAGAGGCUGUUCGGGCCUGGCUCAGCUCUCUGGCAGAGGGGGCCUUCCAAGACCAGCUGCCCAGCAACUUCACAGGGCAGAUGCUGGUACGGGUCACGGAAGCGCGCUGCUCGCAGCUCUGCGGCGGAAACGCGCACCGAGGCAAGGAGCUUUUCGACCUCCUUCACGCUGAGAUGUCAGGCUUUGCACUGGGCCGCGGCCAAUGGGCGCUGGCCCGAGGCGAGGCAGUCGAGGAGCUGGCGGCGGCCGGGGCCAUGGCAGACUUAGGUGAUGAUGUUGCGGAUCCCUUGCACGGCUUGGGAUCCGGGCGAGAUGGAGCAUAUCAAGGUGCCGGGCCUCUCCACUUCACCUCCAGCGCCCGGAGCUUCGACAAGUCGCCCAAGCGGGCGCUAGAGGAGACCGCCGCCGCCGUGGCGCAGGCAGCCCCCGUGGCGGUCGCCAGGGAAUGGAAACCACCCGAGCCCGUUGAGGACAACUCGCAAAGCGACGAUGCGGAGGACGACGACCUGGUGCCCGGGCUCUCGGAUGGCACCUGGUCCGCUGCCCGCGGCUUCGGUCGAGGCCGACCCAUGGGAAGGCUUUUCGAGGGGCCCUCGUUUGGGCUUCACGGCCGUGGCAUGGGGCGUGGGAGGGCCCUGGCACCUCCACCUGGGCUGCAGGGCCUGCAGCUCUCCGGAAGCCAACGCAUGCCGGCCACGCUUUCCCGGCCCUGGAUGGCGGGUCCUCCAAUUCCUGAGGAAGAGGACAUCAGCACGCCGCAGGCGACGUUGCUGGACCCACAGGCAAGAGCCUGGCCCGUGCCCCCCUUGGAGCUCCCUUUGAGCCACAGGCGUGCCUGGGCUGACAUGGACAGCAGCUCCGAAAUGAGUGUCUCCGAGUGCCGUGUCAACCUCCGGGAUGGAUGCUGGUCUCAAGGCCAGGCCAGCUACGUGCCAACUCCCGUGCAGAAAUGGUCAAAGACCCCGUCCCCGCCCUGCUCGCCUGCACCAGGCUUGGCGUUGGGAGCUGGACAUUUCGCUCUUCCCGAUGCGGCCUGUGGUCCCAGUGCUGUCGCGAUGGCGGCCACGUCUGCUGCAUCGGCUAUGUCGGCAUCAAUGUCGCUUGCGGCCGGCAAG